GGAAUAUUUUGAAAACGAUUGCUCUGGGCCAGAUGCUGUCCUUGUGUAUAUGUGGGACAGCCAUCACCAGCCAGUAUUUGGCAGAAAGAUACAAAGUGAACACUCCCAUGCUUCAGAGCUUUAUCAACUAUUGUUUGUUGUUCCUCAUUUAUACCGUGAUGCUGGCGUUUCAACCAGGCAGUGAUAACCUUCUAGAAAUCCUGAGAAGAAAAUGGUGGAAGUAUAUUCUACUGGGACUAGCAGAUGUGGAAGCAAAUUACCUGAUUGUCAGAGCCUACCAGUAUACGACUCUGACCAGCGUCCAGCUUUUGGACUGCUUCGGGAUUCCUGUGCUGAUGGCUCUCUCGUGGUUUAUUCUUUAUGCGAGGUACAGAGUGAUCCACUUCAUUGCCGUGUCUGUCUGUCUGCUGGGCGUAGGAACCAUGGUUGGAGCAGACAUAUUAGCAGGGAGGGAAGACAAUUCAGGGAGUGAUGUGCUGAUUGGUGACAUCUUGGUGCUUCUUGGGGCGUCCCUUUACGCCGUUUCAAAUGUUUGUGAAGAAUACAUCGUGAAGAAGCUGAGCAGACAGGAGUUUUUAGGAAUGGUGGGCCUAUUUGGAACAAUUAUCAGUGGCAUACAGCUGUUGAUUGUGGAGUAUAAGGAUAUUGCCAGCAUUCACUGGGACUGGAAAAUUGCCCUGCUGUUCGUGGCAUUUGCCCUCUGUAUGUUCUGCCUCUACACUUUCAUGCCGUUGGUGAUCAAGGUCACGAGUGCCACCUCUGUCAACCUGGGCAUCCUGACAGCGGACCUCUACAGCCUUUUUUUUGGACUUUUUCUGUUUGACUAUAAGUUUUCGGGGCUCUACAUCCUGUCCUUCACCGUCAUCAUGGUGGGGUUCAGCCUCUACUGCUCCACUCCGACGCGCACAGUGGAGCCAACUGGAAGCAGCGUGCCUGUCACCAGCAUCGGGAUUGACAACCUGGGCCUGAAGCUCGAGGAGAACCUUCCAGAGACCCACUCUGUGGCCUUGUAGCUGGAGGAGACCCCACUGGGACGAAGCAGAGCCCACCGUCGGCUGUGGGGACAACUUGGGGGAGACACCAGACUCAGAGUGGACACUCUGUGGCGUCGGAUUGGAGCCAGUGGUUACAUUUUAGAAAGGCAUGCUAAGCAAGGCCUCAGAAGUUGAAAUGCCAAAACAGAGCAGAAGCCAAGGCUGAGGUUGUGUUUCUGUGUGUCUGAGGACCCAUAUCUCUCAGAGUCAGAAAGACAGGGUGCAGGCCCCAUUCUGGGGUCUCAGAGG